AUGUCUGUUUCUCAAGACGCACUUUCGCCAAAUGGCAACGACCUACUUACCCCGGUUGACCAACUCAAGCUCGAUGAUAACGAGCCCCGCUUGGGCCCAGACGGCGAACCCGCUCCUAAGACCGACGAAGAAUAUGCUGUAGCGCAGUUGACUCUUCGCGCCAUCGUCUCUUCCAAGGAAGCCGGUGUCAUUAUUGGCAAGGGAGGCAAGAAUGUCGCCGAUUUACGCGACGAAACCGGCGUUCGAGCUGGCGUGAGUAAGGUUGUGCAAGGUGUGCCUGAUCGCGUCUUAACCAUCUCCGGCGGCUGCGAUGCCAUUGCCCGAGCUUACGCCAACGUCGCUCGCUCGCUGGCGGAAGGAGCUCCGGCCGUAGGAAUGGGCGGUGUUAUCCAGGCCAGUGGCACCCAUCAAAUCAAGCUUCUCAUCUCCCACAACCAGAUGGGUACUAUCAUUGGCAGAAUGGGCCAAAAGAUUAAGUAUAUUCAAGAUAUCUCAAAUGUGCGCAUGGUCGCGCAGAAAGAGAUGCUGCCGCAGUCUACCGAACGAAUCGUCGAGGUCCAAGGAACUCCCGAUGGCAUCCGACAAGCCGUCUGGGAAAUCUGCAAAUGCCUGGUUGACGACUGGCAGCGUGGUACUGGUACUGUACUUUACAACCCUGUGGUCCGAACGGCUCCCGGUGGUACAGGUUCCAUAGGAGGCAAUACUGCUGGUUCUGGCAAUUUGGGCUAUGGCGCAUCCAGAGGCGAGUAUGGUAACACACGUGUGAUGCGAACAGGCAACGGCGCCGACUUCAGCAAUGGGAGUACACGCCCAUACAAUCGCCGAUCGGACUCUGAUGCGGCCACCCGCGGCCCGCCGACGCAUGAUGAAAACGGUGAGGAGAUCCAAACGCAGAACAUCAGUAUUCCUGCAGACAUGGUUGGCUGCAUCAUUGGACGUGGUGGGAGCAAGAUAAGCGAGAUUCGCAAGACUUCGGGCGCCCGUAUCUCCAUUGCUAAGGCACCGCAUGACGAGACCGGCGAGCGAAUGUUCACCAUCAUGGGAACCGCGAAGGCUAACGAAUCGGCACUUUUUCUGCUGUACGAGAAUCUUGAAGCCGAGAAGAUGCGCCGUAGCCAGGCACAAUCACCUGAGUAA